AGAGGGGGAGGAUCCCGGUGGCUCCCGGGAGCCUCCGGAACGACGCCGCCCCGGCAAGGCCCGCCGCGGCGGACGGUUUCUCCUCCGGCCUCUCUUCCCGGCUCCGCACGGCUCGUUCCCGGAGAGCUGCCGGAGGCGGAAGACGAGCUGGGCACUCGCUUUCCCCACGGAUCAGUUCGGGGAUCGGAGCCGAGCCGGGGCGGAGGCAGAAGCGAAUCCUCACCGGAGACGAUACCGGAGCUCUCCAGAACCGAACCCAAACGAUUUUAAAUUUGGAAACUAGGGAAUCGCUUAUGUCUUCUCCGUGAAAAGAUCCAACCGUUUCCCCCCUCCUUUUUUUUUCUUUUGUUUUGCUACGGAUCCGCCCGGCUGCCCGGUAAUUUUAGCAAUUGGCUGCGAAGUUUCUGCCCGGCUGCGGAUUAAAUUAGCUGAGUCGAGAUCCUCGGAAUAGAUACGGCGCUCGGAGCGACGGCGGCCGGAUCCUCCCCGCCCGCAGCGAGGCGGAGAGCCAGCCCCUGCCGGACUUUGGCUCCGAUCCGGGGAUAUCGGAGCGAGCCGUGCGCCGUUCCCGCCCCGAUCCGUCAGCUUCCAGAUGGAAAGAAACUCGGAGCAGGCGAUUAAAGGCUUCUCCCUUCCCCGCGGGAAUUCCCGCAGUCGGGUUGUUGUCUCCGGGUUCGAGCUGUCGGCUCUCCGCGUUUCUCCAAGGUUGUUUUCCCGACGAGCCGCUCCGGGAGGACGACCGUCUCCGAGGGCGCAGCCGGUCGGAGGCGGCCGGGCCGGCGCGGAGCGCGCAGCAUGGCCGCCAAGGUGCCGAUUUACCUGAAAAGGGGCGGCCGGAAGGGGAAAAAGGAGAAACUCCGGGAUAUCCUCUCCUCGGACAUGAUCAGCCCGCCCUUAGGUGACUUCCGGCACACCAUACACGUCGGGAGCGGCGGCGAGCGCGACGCCUUCGGCGACAUCUCUUUCCUCCGGGGGAAAUUCCACCUGCUUCCGCGGAGCGCCGGGAGGCCGGACUCGGAGCCGGAGGAUCCCGCGGCGGCCGAACCCGACCGCGCGCCGAGCGGCGAGCCGUCGCCCGCCUCUCCGCUCCUGAAAAACGCCGUCUCCUUGCCGAUCAUCGGCGGCCCGCCCAAACCGCCGCGGCUCCACCUGGACGACGGAGCGGCGGGAAGCCGGAGCGCCCGGCGUCUCGGCGGCCCCGCGACCGGCUCGCCGGAGGAGCCGUUCCUGCCGCACGCCGGCUCCCUGCUGUCCCUCCACGUGGAUCUGGGGCCGUCAAUCCUGGACGACGUCCUGGAAGUGAUGGAGAAGCACCGGGACGAGAGACGGGGCGGCCCCGUGCGGGAUCCGGCCCGGCGGGAGGUCUUGACGUGAAGACGGCGAGGACCCAAGCGAGGAAAAGACUCCGAAAUACAGAAAUUUAGGGAUGUUUCCUUUCUUUCUUUCCGGUGCCGCUUCCCGCGGAACUCCGGAUUCUCCCUCACCGGAGGGGAGGAAAAAAAAAAUAAAUAAAAUAAAUAACCCCGCUCUAAAGCCGCGACGAAGCCGGCAGCGCUCGCUGCUAACCUGCGCCGCCGCUCACCGGGACGAGCUGUUCCAAGCGCUUCCGGAGCUCGGCCGCCUCUGCCGCGUCCUUUUCCCGCGUCCCUUUUCCGUGUCCUUUUCCCGUGUCCCGCGAGGCUGGAAAAGCAAGCGGAACCUCAGUGCUUAGACGCGGCGAUUAAAUAACUGCAUCGUUUGUAACCAUUUCGGACGGUUUUGGCGCAGAAUGAGGCUGAGUUUCCCUUAGGAAUUACGGAAUGUCUUAAAACAAAACAAAACAAAAAAAAAGUGCACUGACUUUUCCUUUUUUUUGCUUUUAUUUUCCCCCUCCCCGCCGGAGCGCGAACGUGCGUUUUCUUUACAACACCCCCGACUCGCUGUUUUUGUACGGAACGCAUCAUUAAAAAAUGAGUCAUUAGAUUAACGAGCUCUCCUCUGGGCCCAAUCCGUCGGGAGGCUCCGGGGAAAGAGGGCGGAGGCGCUUGCUGGUGAGGCGCGAAUGGCAACGAUCAGGGCCUUAAACGGCCCCAUUUUUGCCCAUUUUUUCCAGCCUCCGGGCCGCAAAAUGAGGGGGGGGAACGAGCCCCGUGCAGCCUGCGAUCCAUCCAUCCAUCCAUCCAUCCAUCCGGACGGAUCUCCAGGCAGCCAGGGGAUUUUAUUCUCGUUGGGUUUGAUGCCAAUUUUUUUACCAUUUAAGCUUUUCUUUUCUUUUUUUCCUUUGACCCGGAGCAAACGGAUGCCGCUUCCUCGUGCGCCCGGUGGAGCAGCCGAUCCGGCCCCGUUAUUUUGAUGCGAUUCCUUCCACUUCCCGUUCGUCCGGCCACAGCCCGCGGCGUCAACGACCGCUGAAAGCCCAGCCAGGCUGAAAAAAACCCGGAAUGGGGAGAAAAACGCCGCUGCGGAUUGCGAAGCUGUAGCGAAACCGGCCGGCUGAACGGGAGCCGGCACGAAAAAAAAAUCACCUCGUGCCACGACGGUGGCAGAGAAACAUUAAUUUCUGCCAACCAAGAGGCGGUGAUGCCGCUUGGGGGGGUUAUUGGUUAUUUUUUUUCGGCACGGCUCGGAUAUAACCCGCCAAAUCAACCACCGACGUUGAACAACCACAAUCCCCGACUUGUGCGCCCCUAUACGCGGGAAUUCCGGGGUUUUUCUUUUUUUUAUGGAUAGCGGUGCUCUUCCAUGGCAGCCCAUAUCCCUCGUGGCAGCAGGGUGGGAGGGGUCGCGACCGCGGUGACGACACGGCGGCCCUCGUUUCUGCGGAUUUCGCCUCAGUUGUCCCAUCGAAGUGAAAUGCCCGCAGGGAUUUCAAGCCCCAGAUGAAAGCGUCGGAGUUUUUCCCACUCCCCCUUCACCUCCCCAACCACCUAAUUAGCUGCGGAAGCAUAAAAGCCUUUUUGCUUAGAAACAUCGGCUCCUUCCGCUCGUUAACAGACGAACCGCUGGGAACCGUCGGAGCCCGGCUCCUCCUCGCCGCGUCCCGCGCGCUCCGGGGAUGGCGGCGCAGGCGACGCUUCCCUUCUUCCGGCGCCUUUCCGUGGUCCCAAACACCUGGAAAAGAGACGCGAGAGGAGCUGGCGUUAGAAGGGGAAUGGAGGGAAGGGAUCCCGCCACGUCCCGGCCCCUUUCCUUGCCGCCUGCCCCGUUCGCCUUAGUCGCUGCUCAAACGGGAGAUUUAUGGAAAUGAGCAUUGCAAAACUAUGUUUUUUCUUUUUUUUUUUUUAAUAUAUCCUCGUUCUAAGCAUGAGUCAUUUGGGCAGGAAAGUUACUGAGCUGUUGCCUGCUGUGACUCAGCCCGCGAUUGCUGAACAACACCUUUCUCCUUGCUUUUCCGGGAGGUUUAAGCCGGAAGAAGUCAACGAAGGUUGACUCUCCCACCAAAGAGGCUCCGUCGUCCCGAGACCUUUUUUUUUUUAAAUUUUUUUUAAAUCCCUCCCAGGCCGGCAAAGGCACCGUCCAGUGAGCAAAUCCGCGGUGGCAUCGCCUGCUCAACGUGAGCCGCAAAGGGCGUUUCCCAGGGGACGGAGAAAGGGAAGUUUUUGUAGAUAAAGAGCUAAACUGUGCGCUAGAGAAGGUGCGUGGCAGGGUCCGGACUGCAAUGGAAUUAAAAAACCGAAGGAAAGCGGAGCAAAAAUGUUGCUGUUCUCAUCUUUCCGAGCGGGAGAGCCAAGAAAGUGUCAAGACGACGCCGGGUGCAGCUGGGCUGCAGGAAAAAAGCACGCAAAAUAAAGCAAUACGCUCUCACCCACUGAAUUCUUUUUUACCCGGUAGAGCAAGAAUUAGGCCCAAACCUCCCCACGCCGCAGCGGGAGCUGUUCCAGGCCCGCGCUGCAGCCACGCUGCUCAGCGCGAUCUCCGCGGCGUCUCGCGACUCCGGUCCUUUCGCCUUUCCUUGCGGGACGUGUUUUAUCCGUCGGGGAAUAUCGACG